AUGGGGAGGGAAGAGGAAGAGGGAGUGGAAAUGGAUGCAAUAGAAGCAUGCUUUCCAACAAUGGAGUCAACAAGCAUUGAGGACGUUUUUUUCAAAGGAGAUGAGAUUUGGCUCCUUGGGCGAAGGUAUCUGUCAAAAGAUGAAGCACACAGACAAGCCUUGCGAGAUGAUGUGAGAACACGUAUUUGGUGCACUUACCGUAAGGGUUUCUCACCCAUUGGAGGAUCUGGUGGUUGUGUUUCAGAUAAAGGGUGGGGAUGUAUGCUUCGAUGUGGUCAGAUGGUUUUGUGCGAGGCUCUUGUGUCACACAGGCUUGGUCGCACUUGGCAGUGGAAACAGGGUGCAAAAAAUCCAGAUUACUUCAAAAUCAUUAACCUUAUUCUUGACAGACGAGAUUCACCAUUCUCUAUUCAUCAAAUGGCAUUGAUGGGAGCCUCUGAAGCCCAGCGUCCAGUAGGUGAAUGGUAUGGUCCCAACACUGUGGCUCAUAUACUGCGGAAACUUGUGAACCUCAGUUCCGAAGUGGAACUUGAAGUCCAUGUAGCAAUGGACAACUUGGUCAUAUCACAAGAGAUUGUGACACGUUGUAAGCAACAUGCUUCUCAUCCUGAUGGCUGGACACCACUUCUCCUUUUUAUUCCUCUAAGACUGGGAUUGGACUCUGUCAAUGAAAUCUACAUUCCCUCAAUUCAAGAGACAUUUCGAAUGCCACAGACUCUUGGAAUCAUUGGUGGAAGACCAAAUCAUGCAUUGUACUUCAUAGGAUACAGUGGUGAUUCUCUCAUCUACUUGGAUCCUCACACUACACAACCAGCUGCUUCAAUUUCCCUUGACAAUGGGCUUAUAACAUCAGAGCUCAUGGUCCUGGACUCUAGUUUCCAUUGUUUUGACCUACUCACUAUGGCAGCUGCAAACAUAGACCCUUCUCUUGCUCUCUGCUUUCUUUUCACAAGAGAAACAGAAUUUGAAGCAUGGUGUGAGACAAUGAAUGGAUCUUUACUGUUUGAAUUGCAGGACACAAUUCCUCCAGGAUAUAUCCCUCUAUGUGCAAUGGAGAGUCAGGAGACAGAUGGUGCAUCUGCUUGCCCAUCCAUUGAAUAUGAAAUAGUUCCCAGAAAUUUUGAUGAUUCAGAUGAAGAGUUUGAACUGCUUUGA